CUGCAGUGCUCUCUCGGCUGCCAGUCGACGUUCGUAAAUGGCGACGUAUCGAUGUCGAAUGUACGUAGCGAACUGGUAAAUCGUCGUACGUGAUGACGGCUCGUCACUGAACCUCGGACGGCGAUGGGCACGCAAAAGCCGGAAGAAUGGGCGAAUUUGCUGAUCACACGUUUCGAGGAACAGUUGCCGUGUCACAGCGGCCCUCAAACUACUCAUUCUCGUAUGAAUGAAGAGAGAAACAAAAAAUGCCUAAUACAAAUUUCUCGAUAUCGUUUCUCUCUUGUAAUAUCCAGUCUUACUAAAAUACUUCAAAACGUUAAUGAAAUGGUGCCAUGUAUUGGUGGGCAACGUAUAUUUCAUAGUACAGAUCAAGAUCGGCAUUGUUAUGAAUCUAUUACCAUUAUUUUAGACACUUUGGAAAAGUGUCUUGCAAAUCAACCAAAAGAUACAGCUAAAUUCGAUGAGGCUAUGAAUGUAAAAUUUUUGCUUAAAGAGAUAUGUCAGUUUAUAGAUAUACCAAAUGAUAGUCCACAAAAUGCUCACUUAAAAAAUUUGGCAAGCAAAGUUUUGUUUGCAUUAAGUUUGAAUUUCUUUAAUGCUGUAUUUAAUCGAAUAUCAUCCAGACUUCAAGAACUAGCAAAAUGUGGAGAUGAAAAUGCUGAUUAUAGUGAUAUUGAAUUAAUUCAGCAUAUUAAUGUGGAUGUACAUAGGCUAACGAAACUUUUAAAUGAAGCGAUACAAAAAUUCAAACAACUUAAAAAAUCAGCUCAUAUAGUUCUUAUGAACUCUUUGGAGAAAGCAAUUUGGAAUUGGAUGGAUACUUAUUCUUACGAAUUUGCUGAUCUUCAAAAAAAAGUUAAUGAAGAUUUAGGAAAAGCUUGUGAAGAACUAUUUGAUGUCCUUGAUACAUUUGCAGACAAUAAAAAAGGAAGGGCUGCUGCUGUCUGGCCUUUACAAAUUAUGCUUCUAAUACUUUCACCAAAAGUUUUGGAGGAAAUAGUUAAUGCUGAUUUUAGUACUCUUUGUUCACCAAGACAUUCAAAAAAAAAGCAAUUUAUUGACAGUAUUAAAAGAGGCCUAGGAAUGCACGGUAGUUCUAGUAGGCAUUUAGUGGAAGCUGCAGCAGUUACUUGUAUCAAACUUUGUAAAGCAUCAACUUAUAUUAACAAUUCAGAUUCGAAUAAUGUUAUCUUCGUACUUGUUCGACAUGUUAUGAAUGAUUUGAUGGUACUACUUUUUAAUCCAGGGAAAGUAUUUUCUCGUGGUCAAAGCUAUGUUGCCCAAGACAUCGAUCUAAUGAUAGACUGUUUUGUUAGCUUCUUUCGCAUUAAACCUCAUAACAACGAAGUACUUAAAGUCUGCUUGAAUCUGAAUUAUCCAUCGACAUACCAAUUUGUCUUGGUUAGCUCAUUAUACAAAAUUGUAACUCAACCAAGACUGCCAUGGUGGCCUCAAAUAGAUCUUCUGUAUCCUCGUAGUGCAGAACUUAGAAAUAUGUUUACUGAUAUUUUAAAUAAGGUCACACAGAGUUGCAUAUCACAUACACCGUUGCGAAUGAUUCAAAGCUUAACACUUAAAGGUAAAGAACAAAAUAAAUACAGAGAACGUGGAGAAGAAGUGUCAAGUUAUAGAAAUUUACUUUUAUGGAUGGUGAAACUUAUUCAUGCUGAUCCUAUGUUACUAUUAAGUAAUCAAGGAAAAGCUGGUCAUGAAAUUCAAAGUUCAACUUUAGAACUAAUUAAUGGUUUAGUUUCUUUAGUUCAUCAACCAACAAUGUCAGACAUUGCACAUGAAGCAAUGGACGCAUUGUUGGUAUUGCAUCAUCCAGAUAAAAUAAAAGCAUGGAAUCCAGAAUCACCAAUUAAUACUUUUUGGGAUGUUAGUUCACAAGUUUUGUUUUCAAUUUCCCAAAAAUUGAUUCAGCAUCAAAUUGUUAAUUAUACUUGUAUUUUAAAAUGGCUCAGAGAAAUACUAAUUUGCAGAAAUGCUUUUCUGGCACAAAAUAAGGAUUAUGCUAAUGUGGGUAGUCAGAUCGCUGUUUGUAAGCAAGCACAUAUUAAACUUGAGGUUGUAUUUUUUAUGUAUUUAUGGAGUAUAAAUAUGGAAGCAGUCUUAAUAUCAAUGUCUUGUUUUGCGUUACUUUGUGAGGAAGCAGAAAUUCGUUGUGGUAGUGAUGAAGUAGCAGUAACUUGUUUGCUUCCAAACUAUCAUUUAUAUCUUGAAUUAGCACAAGCUUCUACUGUGUUAAUCACUGCCAGCGGGGAAAGUAGGCUAUGCUAUCACGAUUAUAAUUAUGGACGUGCUGCUUUACAAAAAAGAAUUAUGGUCUUAUUGAGGAAAAUAGAACACUGUGUAAAUGGCAUACAGUCUGCUUGGGAAGAAACAUUUAGAAAUUGGGAAGUAACUUCGCGUCAGUUAGUGAAUUACCCCAAAUCUAAAACAGAAGAUAGUCAGAUAGAAUCAUUUCACCGAAGUAUGGGAAAGCGAAGAGCAUCACAUCAAAAUUCAGAACACGAAUUAGAAGAACAAAUUAAUGAAUGGGCUAAUAUGACAGGAUUUCUUUGUGCUUUGGGUGGAGUAUGUUUACAAAAACGUUCUUCAAAUAGAUCAUUAUCAGGAAUGCCUCCAAAUCCAGAACUAAAAAAAAGUUCAAAACAAGAACCCACAUCUUGUUUAUCAAGUUCAAGUCAGGAAGUACAAUAUUGUACACAAUUCGUUUAUAAUUUAUUACGUCUAUUAAUUUGCAAUAAUGAAAAAUUUGGAAAUCAAAUUCAAAAACAUGUUAAAGAAUUGGUUGGCCAUGAAAUGAGUCCUGCACUGUAUCCAAUUCUUUUUGAUCAAAUUAAAAGCAUAGUUGAAAAAUUUUUUAAUCAACAAGGACAAGUUAUAGUAAUGGAAGUUAAUACACAAUUCAUUGAGCAUAUAAUAUUUAUAAUGAAAAAUAUUUUGGAUUCUAAAACAGAUCAACCUUCUGAAUAUCUUGGAAUGACCAGUAUAGAAGGAAUGAUGUUGGCAAUUGUUAGAUAUGUUAGACAUUUAGAUAUGACUAUACAUUCUAUUCUUAUUAAAACAAAGUUGUGCCAACUGGUUGAAGCAAUGAUGAAAAGACGAGAUGAUUUAGCAUUUCGACAGGAAAUGAAAUUUAGAAAUAAACUUGUCGAAUAUUUAACUGAUUGGGUGAUGGGUGCCACUCAUCAAAUUACUCCAUCUACUAGUGGAGACUUAACUAUUUAUACUCGAGACUUAGAUCAAGCUUGUAUGGAAGCAGUUGGAGCAUUGCUACGAGGUCUGCCUCUUCAACCCGAAGAAUCUGAUCGUGGUGAUUUAAUGGAAGCAAAAUCUCAAUUGUUCUUAAAGUACUUUACCCUUUUUAUGAAUUUAUUAAACGAUUGCAACGAUGCAACUAGCGAAGAUAAAGAAAUAGUGUCUCAACAACCACGUUUAACUAGUGGUAAAUUAUCUACUUUACGCAAUGCUACCAUACAAGCAAUGAGUAAUCUUCUCAGUGCAAAUAUUGAUAGUGGAUUAAUGCAUUCACUGAGCCUAGGUUACAAUCCAGAUUUACAAACACGAGCAGCAUUCAUAGAAGUUCUUACCAAAAUUCUUCAACAAGGAACAGAGUUUGAUACAUUAGCAGAAACAGUACUGGCUGAUAGGUUUGAACAAUUGGUCCAACUGGUUACAAUGAUUAGUGACAAAGGAGAAUUGCCUAUUGCAAUGGCUUUAGCUAAUGUAGUAACUACAAAUCAAAUGGACGAAUUAGCACGAGUUUUUGUGACAUUAUUUGAUGCAAAACAUUUAUUAUCUUCUCUUUUAUGGAAUAUGUUCUAUCGUGAGGUUGAAGUUUCUGAUUGUAUGCAAACAUUAUUUCGAGGAAAUAGUCUUGGAAGCAAAAUUAUGGCAUUUUGCUUUAAAAUUUAUGGUGCAAGUUAUUUGCAAAAUUUAUUAGAACCUUUAAUUACUCCAUUGUUAGAUGAUCCUACCACUAGUUUUGAAGUUGAUAGUGCAAGAAUAGAUGCUAAUGAAGAUAUAGAAAAAAAUGGUCGUAAUUUGAUUGCAUUAACUCAAAAAGUAUUUGAUGCUAUAGUAUCAUCAGCUGAUAGAUUUCCACCACAAUUGCGCUCUAUGUGUCAUUGUUUAUAUCAAGUACUCAGUAAAAGAUUUCCACAGUGUCCACAAAAUAAUAUUGGUGCUGUUGGAACAGUAAUAUUUCUCCGAUUUAUUAAUCCAGCUAUUGUAUCUCCUCAAGAAAUGGGCAUUGUGAAUAAACCUGUACCUCCACACAUUAAAAGGGGUCUUAUGUUAAUGUCUAAAAUUCUUCAAAAUAUUGCAAAUCAUAUAGAAUUUAGCAAGGAACAACAUAUGUUAUCAUUUAAUGACUUUUUACGUGCAUAUUUUGAAAUUGGAAGGAGAUUUUUUAUACAGAUAGCAUCAGAUUGUGAAACUGUUGAUCAAGCUAAUCAUCCGAUGUCAUUUGUAUCCGAUGCCAAUGUUUUAGCAUUACAUAGAUUGCUUUGGAAUCAUCAAGAACGAAUUGGCGAUUAUCUCAGCAGUAGUCGGGACCAUAAAGCAGUCGGUAGAAGACCUUUUGAUAAAAUGGCUACAUUAUUGGCUUAUCUUGGUCCUCCAGAACAUAAACCAAUAGAUUCUCAUUUAUUAUUUUCUUCGUCUUACGCUCGAUGGUCGAACAUUGAUAUGUCUUCAACUAAUUUUGAAGAAAUUAUGGUAAAACAUAAUAUGCAUGAAAACGAAGAAUUUAAGAGUAUCAAAAAUUUGAAUAUUUUUUAUCAAGCAGGAACUAGUAAACAAGGAUAUCCAGUAUUUUAUUAUAUUGCCAGACGUUACAAAAUUGGUGAUACGAAUGGUGAUCUAUUAAUAUAUCAUGUUAUUCUUACUCUAAAACCAUUCUGCCAUUCUCCAUUUGAAUUGGUUGUUGAUUUUACUCACACAUGUUCAGACAAUCGAUUUAGAACUGAAUUCCUACAGAAAUGGUUUUAUGUAUUGCCUAAAGUUGCCUAUGAAAAUAUUCAUGCUGCAUAUAUUUAUAAUUGCAAUAGUUGGGUCAGAGAAUAUACGAAGUUCCAUGAUAGAAUUUUGGCACCAUUAAAAGGUAAUAGAAAGAUAGUUUUCAUCGAUGGACCGGGUCGUUUAAAUGAUGUAAUCGAUGUCGAUCAACAAAAAUUACCUGGAGCUACAUUAUCUCUUGAUGAAGAUUUAAAAGUUUUUAAUAGCGUUUUGAAACUUUCUCAUAAAGACACUAAGGUAUCCGUAAAAGUUGGACCAACUGCGAUACAAAUUACCUCGGCGGAGAAGUGCAAAGUAUUAUCGCAUUCUGUUCUUUUAAAUGAUGUUUAUUAUGCAUCUGAAAUAGAAGAAGUUUGUUUAGUAGAUGACAAUCAAUUUACAUUGACUAUUUCAAAUGAAACUGGCCCAUUAUCUUUUAUUCAUCAAGACUGUGAUAGUAUUGUACAGGCUAUAAUUCAUAUAAGAAAUCGAUGGGAAUUAUCACAACCGGAAUCUGUGUCUAUUCAUCCAAAAAUAAGACCUAAAGAUGUACCUGGAACGUUAUUAAACAUGGCGUUAUUAAAUCUUGGUAGUUCGGAUCCAAAUUUACGAACAGCAGCAUACAAUCAAUUGUGUGCUUUAACUGCAACUUUUGAUUUAAAAAUUGAAGGACAACUUUUGGAAACAUCUGGACUUUGCAUACCAUCAAAUAAUACUAUAUUUAUUAAACAUUUAAGUGAAACUUUGGCUGCAAAUGAUCCACAUCUUACACUGGAAUUUCUAGAAGAAUGUAUACAAGGUUUCAGAUUGUCAAGCAUCGAAUUGAAACAUCUUUGUUUAGAAUAUAUGACUCCAUGGUUAAAUAAUCUUGUACGAUUUUAUAAACCGAAUGACGAAGGAGGAAAACGUCAGAAGCAAGUUACAAAAAUUUUAGAAAAAUUAAUUACAUUAACUAUCGAAGAAGUAGAAAUGUAUCCAAGUAUACAGGCUAAAAUAUGGAGCACAAUUGGAAGAUUACCAGAGUUAAUAGAUACAGUCUUGGAUAAUUUCAUUCAACGUAGCGUUAGUUUUGGACUUGGUUCUCCAACAGUUGAAAUAAUGGCAGAUACUGCUGUAGCAUUGGCUUCUGGAAAUGUUCAAUUAGUAGCAAAAAAAAUAAUAGGAAGACUUUGUCGAGUUGUUGACAAAACAUGUACUUCUCCGACGCCAUUAUUAGAACAACAUACAAGAUGGGAUGACAUCGCUAUCCUAGCAAGAUACUUAUUAAUGUUAUCUUUUAAUAACUGUUUGGAUGUAGGAAAACAUCUACCAUAUUUGUUUCAUACAGUUACGUUUCUAGUUUGUUCUGGAAGCCUGAGUAUGCGUGCUUCUACUCAUGGUUUGGUUAUCAAUAGUAUUCAUUCACUAUGCACCUGUAGCUCCCCUUCCUUUUCAGAAGAUACUUAUCGAAUAUUACGAAUGAGUUUAGAUGAAUUUUCUCUCCCAAAAUUUUAUUUACUUUUUGGAAUUAGUAAAGUGAAAUCUGCUGCGGGUACAGCAUUUAGAUCUAGUUAUAAGCAUUCGAAUGAGAAAUGGUUUAGCAACGAGCGCAGCGUUACAGGAAUACAUGAUAAAGAAAGACUUUCGUUAACCAGUUUAGAAAUUAUUACGGAUGCUCUUCUUGAAAUUAUGGAAGCUUGUAUGCGGGAUAUUCCACAGUGUGAUUGGUUACAAACUUGGACUUCUUUAGCAAGAAAUUUUGCAUUCUGCUUUAAUCCCGCUCUUCAACCUAGAGCUUUAAUUGUUUUCGGGUGUAUUAGUAAAAGCAUAACUGAUCAGGAUAUGAAACAAUUACUAAGAAUAUUAGUGAAAGCGCUUGAGAGUUUUAACGACAUUACUUUGUUGGAAGCAAUCAUUAUGUGUCUUACUCGGUUACAACCAUUGCUUAGACCCGAAUCUCCUAUACAUCGAUACUUAUUUUGGGUCGCAACAUCAAUUCUUCAAUUAGACGAGGCUUCUUUAUAUGCAUGUGGUUUAGCACUUCUUGAGCAAAAUUUACAUACUUUGGAUUCUCAAGGAACAUUUGAUGAUAAAACUUUGGAGCAUGUUAUGAUGUUAACACGUGAACUUUUAGAAUGGCAUUUUAAACAAUUAGAUAAUGCUGUGGGACUUUCAUUUAAAUCAAACUUUCAUUUUGCUUUGGUUGGUCAUCUAUUAAAAGGAUAUAGACAUCCUACUCCUACAACUGUCACAAGAACAGCUAGAGUACUGUCUAUGCUAUUAGGCAUUGUUGCUAAACCAUUUAGAAGGGACAAAUUUGAAGUCACGCCAGAAAGUGUGGCAUACUUGUCUGCGUUAGUAUCUGUAUCCGAGGAAGUGCGAAGUCGAUGCCAUAUUAGACAUGCCGUUACCAGAAAUGCAGAAUCUGGGAGCACAGAUUGCCUUGAUAUUUUGCUUCCAUACAAUACAGAUACGUCUAAUGCAACAUCAAGUAAUCCUACUAAUCGCCGACAAAAAUCGUGGGAUCUUCUUGAUCAGUCUGCACUCACUCAAGCUAAACAACAGAAACAAUAUUCAACUCAUCAGACCGGACGAAUUUUAUUUAAAACGCAGCGAUCCUUUUCUGUACCAACUGCGAAGGAAACAAAGUCCAACGAGGAAGCUGAGCCAAAGACUCGAAGUGCCAGAGUAAGUGUUAGCAACGAAAAUAAUGUAUUACUCGAUCCAGAAGUACUGACCGAUUUCUCAACCCAAACUUUGGUUUUAACUGUUCUGGUCACUUUGGUUAAAAAUUCAACUAAUGAAACUGAGCAGCGGAUUCUUUAUGAAUAUCUUGCGGAAGCUUCAGUGGUGUUUCCAAAAGUUUUUCCAGUAAUCCAUAAUUUACUCGAUGCAAAAAUAAAUAGUGUAUUAUCUUUUUGUCAUGACCAAGAAAUAUUGAAUUCUGUACAAGCAAUUAUACAAAACAUGAUUGCAUGUGAGGAUGCAAGUCAACAACAGUUACAUUAUUUACAAAGUUGUGGAUUUGGUGGGUUGUGGAGAUUUGCAGGACCAUUCACAAAUUCUAAUUGCACAGCUGAAAGCGCUCAAUUAUUUGUUAAUUGCCUGGAAGCCAUGGUGGAAACGUGUUUACCGGUAGAUGAACCUGAAAUAUUAAGUAAUAAUGAAAAUUCAAAUGAAAAAUAUAAACGAUCUGACAGUCAUCAACCAGAAAUCGCACAAAAAAGCAAAUCUUAUGGAACUGAUCGGACAAGUUCCCGUGCUUUUCCGGAAAGAAUGGAGGAAACUUCUCGGAGUAGUUCUUCUUUUAUUUAUAGAGAUCGUAGUAUAGAUAGCCGACGAGAUAUUUCGUUGGAUUCUGUGAGCCAAGGAGAAAAUACGAGUAGUAGUAACAAUUCACAACCUUAGCGAUUAGUAUAUGAAU